CUAAGGUUUGUUUUAGAUUUUAGCCCCAUGUGCGAUUGAGUUUGAUAAUAUAUCGUCUCAAGAAGGGUUGAAGAAAUGAUGCUUAUUCAUCCCAAAGGGUGUAUUUGUGAGAACCCUAACCAGGUCAUGCUCUGGUAUUUCAAGCCUGUCUGCUCCGCUGACAGUCCUGCUGUGGAGCCCGGCCCGGACAGUCACAGGGGGCUAAAUUUGGAAGAGGCGAUCAGGUUCCCUCUCUGUGUGCACAUGACAGUGUCCCAGUUACUUGAGCAAUGUCCCUUCUCACACUGUCACGCUCCAACCGAGUCCAGACACAUUCAGCGAUCCUCCUCGGUGGCCAUCGCCUGCAAAUCAGGACGCCUUUACUUUGAUCAUUUUGAAUCUCCAUCCAAACCUCUCGUUUGCUGCACCGGUGGGAGAAGGACACUGCUGGCCCCGCCAUGUUUCUGGCAUUAGUGGUGACCCCACAGCUGAGGCAGUUCCUGGCCAGGGCAAGAGGUGGAGCGAUGCGCCUCAUCAAGGUGUGCAUCCAAGACGAGCAGCUGGUGCUGGGGGCCUACAGGGAUCCGCAACACAGCUGGGACCAGGAUUAUGAUCACUUCCUGCUUCCCCUUCUGGACGAGCAGCAGCCCUGCUAUAUCCUAUAUCGUCUCGACUCCCAGAAUGCAUUGGGCUAUGAGUGGAUCUUCAUCUCCUGGUCUCCUGACCAGUCUCCAGUCAAACAGAAGAUGCUGUACGCUGCCACCCGGGCCACAGUCAAGAAGGAGUUCGGCGGCGGCUACGUCAAGUACGAGAUGUUCGGCACCACGGAGGAGGACAUCUGUUUGCAGGGCUACAAGCAUCAUGUGUCCUCCUGCUCUGAUCCGGCCCCGCUCACGCUGGCCGAGCAGGAGCUGAAGCAGAUCAAAAUCACAGAGGGGCAGGUCAAACAGGUGAAGGCAGAGAUCAGCGUGGAAAGCAAACACCAGACGCUGCAGGGUUUAGCAUUUCCCCUGCAGGAGACGGCCAAAAGAGCCCUGCAGCAGCUCUCUCUCAGACACAUCAACUAUGUGCAAUUGAGGCUGGACACAGAAAAGGAAACGAUCGAGCUGGUUCACUCAAACCCGACGGAGACUCGGGAUCUGCCCCGUAGAGUUCCCAAAGACACUCCCAGAUAUCACUUUUUCCUUUACAAGCACUCCCAUGAAGGAGACUACCUGGAAUCCAUUGUGUUCAUAUACUCCAUGCCAGGAUACAGCUGCAGCAUUAAGGAGCGGAUGCUUUAUUCCAGCUGCAAGAGUCGGCUACUGGAGGAAGUGGAGAAGGAUUACCAGCUGGAAAUAUCUAAAAAGCUGGAGAUAGACGAUGGAGACGAGCUGACGGAGGAAUUUCUGUACGACGAGGUCCAUCCCAAGCAGUAUGCUCACAAGCAAGCCUUUGCAAAGCCCCGAGGCCCUGCAGGAAAGAGGGGACAUAAGCGUCUUAUUAAGGGAACAGGAGAGGCCAUACCGGAUAACUAAAGGCGAAUCAAAGCUCCGAGAAAGCUCUAACAGUGCUGUCUGCUGAUGUUACUGACUAAUUUACUCAGAAGAGCAAACACAGAAAUGCCUUUUUUUAAGUUAAUGUCCUGAAAAAUGAUUUUGGAAAACGUCCAGCUUUUUUUUUGUUUUGUGGUAUUCAUUACAUGACAAAUUAAGACAAUAAAUAAAUAGCAACAUUUGUAAAGAACUCAGGGUGACAUGAACACAGAUUUGUGCUUUUUGUGAAAAACAUUUGCAAUGUUUACAAAAUAAAACAAACAGUUUUGUUGUCUUGCUAAAGCACGGACAUGCAUUUGAAUGUAGCUGUAGGUACACAUUUUCUAUCAAUGUUUGUAAAAACUUGAGCAACAUCUGAAAAAAACAUAUCAAUAAAUGAAUGUUUGUA